GGCAUUGGUUAUUCAGUCUCCUGGAUUUUGGAAAGCACUGAUUUUGUUUGAAUAACAAUGGCUGAAGCAGCUGUGUUUCCUUCAAAGGAGCCUGAAGGUUCUGGCAUGUCCAUGGCUGAGGUUCCAACUAUUAAAGACAUAGAGCAGCUUUUGAAUACUGGGCGCCCUUCUUGUAAUCAUGUUGAUGAAGUAUGGCCUGACCUCUUUUUAGGAGACCUAGUUACAGCUCACAACAGGUUUGGUUUAUGGAAGAUGGGCAUCACUCAUGUUCUAAAUGCUGCCCAUGGUACAAUGUUCUGCCAAGGAGGACAUGACUUUUAUGGCACUACUAUUGACUACUAUGGUGUACCAGCCUAUGACCUUCCGGACUUCAAUAUUAGCCAAUAUUUUUCAUCUGCAGCAGAAUUUAUACAUAAAGCCUUGAACACACCUGGAGCAAAAAUUUUGGUGCAUUGUGCAGUUGGAAUGAGCAGGUCAGCUACUCUGGUAUUGGCUUACCUCAUGAUAAAACACCAGCUUUCAUUGGUCAAAGCUAUUGAAACAGUGAAGGAACAUCGAUGGAUUUCACCUAAUCGAGGAUUUUUGAAACAACUGAGAAAUUUAGACAUUCAGCUAAAGCAAAAAAUAGGCUGCUGAUCAAUGAAUGGAGCAGAAUAAUUUUUAAGUCACUUUUUAAAUGUCAAGGAAUGUUUUAAUGAACUUUCAUUCUUCAUAACCAUUGCAUGCAUUAUUAAACAUUAUCUAGUUACAUGUUGGCAAACAUUACAGUAUACAUGUUGGCAAAAAAUAAAAAAUGCAGACUGGAAAACAAAAUAACCACAGCAGUCAACAGUGUGUUAAGAGAUUUUUUUGAUACCACAGUUCCAUUAAAAGGGCACAAAUCGGGCCUCAUUAAACACUACCAGCUCUCUGAGUACUUCUAAGCCACAAUAGGGUUGUUUCCAGGGAGCUACUACAUGGCUCCAUCAUACAGUUUAGAGUAAAUGUGUAAUUUCCCUAAGCUUGGGACAGGUUUUGGAUCUCUCCAAGAAUUUUAACCAACUGUGCCACAGAGUUGAGGUCUCAUGUAUAUUAAAAAAUGGCUGUAUACUGUAAUCAGAUCCCUUCAUUUGGCUACAUUUGCAGUCUAGGCAGAACAACAUAUGUCUCACUGUGUUUCCUACCUUCCAUGAUGCUGAGAGCUACUCAGAAGUGCGCCCAGUACACACAAGUUUCAGAAACAAUCAAGAUUCACUCUUUAGAGAAUGCAAAGCCCCCGACUUGCUUGCUUGAAGUCCUGUAUCUGCAGAACAAACAUGAUUGGAGAAAGUGUCCCAGUCUUAUCAAUUUGCUAAAACUGUCCUGAUACCACUAGAUAAUUCAGGCUACUAAAUAACUGCUGAAGAGUGAUAACUUGGAUGCUGCCUGAUAUAGGCUGUGUACACACAUUCAAAUAACCUGGGAGUAUUUUCCCAGGUUUGUUCUUCUGGUUAAAAAAAACUUACCCAGAGCCAUAUGUACAGCCAUCCGAAUACUGAGGCCCUGAAGAGUAUAGAGCGUGCAGUGCUGAACCCAUGCAGCCAGUGGAGGGGCCCUGUGCACACAUCUCAGUGUGCUUUGAAGUUUUCCUUAGUCAGCCCAGCUAUAGGUGGUAGCUGUGCAUAGGAUAACCCUGAUUAGCCAGCCCAGAUGGCCCAU